GAAAAGCAAUCAUAACCAAUAAAACCUGAGACAUCGUUUCUCAUUGUUUAAGCCAAAAUAUUUUUUUUUAAAGUAAAAAAGUAAAGAAAAUGAGAGCCUCAAGAAGACUCUUAUGGAAACUAUCUGUCAUUGUUUUCUUGGCAGUCUAUUCUCAGCCAUCCUUUUCGGAGGUAGAAAACUGCCCUGCCGAUGCUGGUUCAUCUGAUACUGGGAACAGACGCGAAGCCGCCGAGCUAAAACCACCAGACCUUAGGGCUGAUGGUGUCGACACCGACCCCACCCCCAAAGGUCCUGAAAUGAAUUGGCCCGGAAAAUGGGAGUUAUUCCUGAAGAACUCUGGCGUAUCCGCUAUGCACGCCAUUCUUAUGCCAAAGAUCAACAAAGUCCAGUUUUAUGAUGCAACCAUUUGGAGAAUUUCAAAGAUCAAGCUCCCUCCUGGUGUACCUUGCCAUGUUUAUGACACAAAGACAAAUGCCAUUGAUUGUUGGGCUCACUCCGUUCUCAUCGAUAUCGAAACCGGAAACAUCAGGCCUCUCGCGCUUUCGACGGACACAUGGUGUUCCUCAGGAGGCUUAACCAUAAAUGGGACAUUGGUAAGCACAGGAGGGUUCCAAGGAGGAGGAAACACGGCGAGAUACCUUUCGACCUGCGAAAACUGCGGUUGGGUGGAGUACCCAACCGCAUUAGCUGCAAGGAGAUGGUACUCAACACAAGCCACUCUCCCUGAUGGCAGUUUCAUCGUUGUUGGAGGCCGAGACGCUCUCAACUACGAGUAUAUCUAUCAAGAAGGGGUCGACAACAAGAAACUCUAUGACUCGCAGCUUCUUAGAGAAACAGAUGAUCCAGCAGAAAACAAUCUAUACCCAUUUGUUUGGCUCAACACCGAUGGUAACCUCUUCAUGUUCGCCAACAACCGUUCCAUCCUUCUUAACCCGAAAACAAAUAGAGUCAUCAGAGAGUUCCCUCAGCUCCCUGGCGGUGCCCGUAACUACCCUGGCUCCGCCUCCUCGGCACUUCUCCCCAUCCGCCUCGACGUCCAGAACCCUGCCGUCAUCCCUGCUGAUGUCCUCAUCUGCGGUGGCGCAAGACAAGACGCAUUCUACCGCGCUGAAACCAAGAAGAUCUACGAACCGGCCUUGAAAGACUGCCAGAGGAUCAGCCUCAACAGUAAGAACCCUGUAUGGGUCACAGAGGCGAUGCCAAUGCCGCGUGUCAUGAGUGAUGCUGUCCUCCUUCCCAACGGUGAAGUCAUAAUCAUUAACGGCGUGAGACGUGGAACCUCGGGAUGGGGUAACGGCAGAGAUCCACUUUUCUCGCCGAUCAUGUACGCGCCAGACAAACCGUUAGGCCAACGUUUCAAAGAGCUCGCUCCUUCCCCCAUCGCGCGCGUGUACCACUCCAUCGCACUCGCUCUCCCCGACGGUAAAGUUCUUGUAGGUGGAAGCAACACUAACGACGGUUACAAGUACGAUGUUAUGUUCCCAACCGAGGUCCGCCUCCAGAAAUACUCGCCGCCUUACCUUGACCCGGCGCUCGCCAAUUUGAGACCAACUAUUGUGAACACCGCUACACCGAAACAGAUCAGGUACGGAGAGAGGUUUAACAUAAGGAUCCACCUCAACCAAAAAGAUGUGACGAAGGAGAAUGUUAAGGUUACAAUGUUGGCACCACCGUUUACUACACAUGCUGUGUCGAUGAACAUGAGGUUGCUCAUUUUGGGUAUCUUUGAUAUCAAGAAAGAGGUUCGCGACCUUCAUCAGAUCCAUGCCAUUGCUCCUCCGAGUGGAGAGGUUGCUCCUCCUGGCUAUUAUCUUCUCUUUGUUGUUUACAAUGGUGUGCCGAGCGUUGGAGAAUGGAUCCAAAUCGUCUAAUUUUAGGUUUCUUACAAGGAUAAUAAUAAUGACCAUAUUUUUGAUACGAACCCCUCACCCAUAAUUUAUGUAAAAUAAAACCAUCUUUUUGCUUGUUGUGAAUAAUAAAUUUUUGAUACGUUAUAAUUA